AUGGAGAGCUACAGGGUUGACAGGGUCCAUGCCAACCUGCUGUACAUCAGAUAUGACUCGCCGAGCCACCCCAGCUCGCCCGCCAAGGGGAUGCUGGCGGGUGAUUAUGAUCAGGAUCCCCCAGAGUUCAUCACCAACACGUACGCCAUCAGCUCCGCCGCGCAUGCCGGCGUCGAGCUUGACGGGGAGGUCGUGGAGCACACGGACAUCGUGGAUAAGCAGCCCCGGGCGCCGCAGGCGGAGCAGCGGCUGCUGGAGGUCGCCGGCGGCGCCCUCAGCACUGGCAGGUCGCAAGAGAACGGAUGCGUGCACAGCAGCGCGGAGGCUGCGGUGUCCGCCUGCAAGCUGGCCAAGUUUGAAGACGCGGCCGAGAAGUACAAGAUGAUUGCGAACCCUGAAGACGGCUCCCUGACGGUGACCGUCUAUGGUAAAGAUGUGCGCCUCCGCCACUCCUACGCGGAUGAGCUGCACCGCACCACCAUAGACCACCCAAGGUUCUCGGCACUGGUGUGGGGCAGGGAGGGGGAGCUGGUCCGUGGGGAGGUUGUUCCUGAGGGCACCGCCGCCGACCGCAUGUUUGUGGUGGUGGAUUUCCUGUGCUGCAUGCACGCGCUGGACGUGCUGCGGUCUGCCCUGGGCCCGGACGCCGCAAGGAUGCCCACAGGGCUCUCGCAAGAGCUGGUGGAGGCGCUGCGGGGCCUGCAGUCGCUAAGCCAAGACGAGACACCUGCGAGCGGCGCCAGCACCCCCCGGGGCGCGACUGCCGCCGCCGACAAGCGCCCGCAGAUGGCCACCAGGCACAUUUUUGCCGCUAGCUGCUGCUGUUGCGGCUGCCGCUUCUGCUGCACUGAGCAGUGA